GUGUCAUUUCUGGUUGUUGGGAUCGUUGGUGUCGUGUCGUCGGUGUUGUGCCACGCGUCUGCUGCCGCGGAUCAGUUCUGGGUGCUGUGCGUUGGUCGUUUGCUGAUGGGUGUGGUGCUCGGUUUGGUGUGUGUCGCCUGCCCGAUGUACGUUGACCAGAACGCACACCCGAAGCACUCCAAGGUGGAUGGUGUGCUGUUCCAGGUGUUCACUACAUUCGGUAUCAUGCUUGCUGCUUUGAUUGGGCUCGCCCUCGGACAAAGCAUCAAUUAUUCAACCGAUAUUAAGAUGGUUGGUCGUAUGCAGGGCUUUUGUGCCUUCUCGACAACUCUGUCUGUGCUCAUGAUUGCCCUUGGUGUUUCCUUGGGCGAGAGCAAGACCAAGUUCGCUGGUGGCAAGGACGAUGCGGGGGAUUCCGGUGCGCUUGACCCAAAUGAAUACAGCUACAUGCAGAUGAUCGGGCCAAUGUUAAUUGGUGUGGCAGUGGCGGGGACGUUGCAGUUGACUGGUAUCAAUGCUGUGAUGAAUUAUGCGCCGACGAUCAUGAGCAGCUUGGGGAUG